UGAUAGUGCUGGUCAGCAGCGAAGUACCUUCCGCUGAUCAGCAAGUGAUUUGGACAGUUGAUUCUUCCUUGAAAGGUCAAGCGAUUGGAUGGCUCUCGUGUUUCGCUCGCAUCGGGAGAGUCGCUCGUUGAAUAGCUUUUGCGAAUUCACCUUCAGCGACAUUCGCUUUCGAGAAUUUACCGACACUCACUUUCGCGAAUCCACCUUCUGCGACACUCACUUUCGCGGAUUCACCUUCUGCGGCACGCGCUUUCGCAGUGAUGAGAGCCGCCGCUAUCGUCGUGUUGCUCGUCUUGCUAGCGGGCUCGGUUUUAGUUCCGCAGGCGAUCGCCGUGUCCAAUCACGGCCUGCCGUGUGGCGUGUCGGUGGUGAAAGGACGGCGGCAAUCUCAAGAAGAUAGAGUUGUCUGCUCCGCUCUUAUCCCUGUUCCAGCCUUCGAUACUGUCACCCGAGACGGCUCAACUCACCAGUGGGCCGUGCAGGCAGUGGGGGUGCUGGAUGGCCACGGGGGAGGCGAGGCGAGCCAGCUCGCCGCCUCCCGCCUCCUGCCCCUCCUCCGAUCCAGACUCGCUGCCCUGCCUGCUGUCAAUCGCAAGGCGGCCUCAGAGUCGGCUCAAACGCCUGCGCUGAACCAGAAGCGGCCGCAAGCGAACCGCGAGGAACUGCCCACGGCACAUGCAGGCGGGCGUGGUGGUGACACGGGUGGUGAGGGUGCGAGAGAUGGCAGAAGGCGGGAGGAUGGUGCUGGUGAACGGAAGGAGGAGAGGGAUAAGGAGGUGGGGAAGGAGGAGGAGGGUGGGGAGAGGGAGAGUGAGAGGGAGUCGGAGGAGCAGGAGCGGGUGAGGAAGCGGUUGCUCGAAGGAGUGUUGGCUGGUGCACUUGCAGACGUGGACAAGGAAUUCGCACAGGAAGCUCACAAGCGCCGCUGGUGGUCGGGCUCCACAGCUGCUGUGGCCCUGCUUGUCUUCCACCAGAUCCUGCCCGCCCUCCCUCCCACCCACCACCGCCACACGCCCUCUCAACACGCAUCUUUCCCCACCCAAGGGGUCGUGCCAGACUGGCAACUGCUGCAUGUGGCAGUGGCCAACAUAGGGGACUCCAAAGUGUUUGUGUGUGGGGCCGAGCAGCAUGCAGCGAGGGUGGUGGAGGGGCACGAGAAGCAGUGGGGGGGUGCAGGAGUGGAGGAGCAGCGAGAAAGGCCUCAGGGGCUCGUGGAUGGAGCACAGGGUGUGUUGUUGCUGGAGACUGCUGAAGCCAAGGCUGGGAUGCACCCUUCUCCCAUGGCUCCUGAAGCCAAGGCUCGGAAGCUUCCCGUAGACUCAGAAGCUAAGGCACAUGCUCUUGCAGCAACAGGAGUGCGUGAGUGGAGUUGGCCCUUUGAGAGAGCUUUGAAGAGGGGGAGGCGGCCCGUGACAGCGUGUGGGUGCAAGCAGGCAGCAGAGCAGAAAGUGGAUGGACAAGGUGGGUCAGCCCCUCUACUGAAAUGGCUGCCUGCACCGCAUGCCACAGCAGCCUGCUGCUCAUCUCAUUCAAGACGGAUUUCUUGCCUUCCGCUCUCCAUCUACCGUUUCUAUUUGUUGGGCGUGGUUCAUUUACCGUACCGUUCCUCCCUCCCUCCCUCUUUUGUCUCAGAGCUUCGGCGCCUGGCGAUCUUGCACAGGCGACAGCAGCGCCUUCGCCGCCGGCAGCAGCAGAGGCCGCAGUCAAAUUCUGAGGCGCUUACAAGUCGUAGGCAGGAGGUGAAGCAUUCUUCACACCAGCUGAAAAAGCAGGAAGCUCAAGCGUUGCCCAUGCCCUACCAGGAGCACAACCACAGAACUGAGCAGCAGCAGCAGCAGCAGCAGUUGUCGGAGCAGCAACAAUGGUCAACCAUGUGUCACCAGGAAAAUAGCGCAGUUUCAGGGGCUCCACGGCAGCGUCAGAAUCUCGCCCCUAUUUGCACGGCAGAGCUCACAGAGGGCCACAGGGUAGGCAGGGAGAACAAGAGGAGUCGAGACUCUUCUAGUCGACCCAAGAAGCGACGUUCUGCCCUGCUGUGCACCACAGAGCUUACAGAGGACCACAGGGCGGACAGGGAGGACGAGAGGAGGAGGGUGGAGGCAGCGGGCGGCAGAGUGGAGGAGAGGGGCGGUGUGCCGCGUGUGCAGGGCGAGCUGGCCGUGUCCAGAGCCAUAGGGGACCUGCAGUACCGGCCAUGGGUGGUGGCCACCCCGGAGAUCACCGAGUGGGUGGUGAGGCGUGGGGCGUGGAGGCCUGUUGGUAGGAAUGGGCAGUGCGAUAGUGAGGGUGUGGAAGCUCGAGGAGAAGAUGCGGCGGUGAGUGAGGAGUUGAGAGGGAAGGAGAGUGACGAAGGGGGGUGGGGUUGCGCCAGAGCUAUGAGUGGCAGUGGGGCUUUGGAUGAUCAAGAGACUAAUGCGUGGCAAAAGGGUCAAUGGGGUUCGGAGGAGGAGUGUGGAAGGGAGCAUGUAGGGAGUGAGCGGGAUGGAGAGGAGGCGGAUGCUGAUGGGGAGGGCGAAGGGGAGUACCUGAUAGUGGCGACAGAUGGCGUGUUUGAGCGAAUGAAACCGUGCCAGGUGUGCGGUAUUGUGGGCAGGGCAAUGCACGACCAGAGAAGGAGGGCGGCUCAGGGGUUGAGAGCAAGGGGCCGGGGGAUGGAGUCGAGCAGGGGAAACUCGGGCAGAGAGAGCCACAGGAUUGGUGAUGAUGCGCAUGAUGGUGGUGAUGGUGACGAGGAGGAGGAUGGGGAGGAGGAUGAGGAUUGGGCGCUUGACAGUGCUGCUGCGUCAGCUCGUGGCACCCAACUCACAGGCCUGCCAUCACUCCAUGCCAUUCCACUGCCUGUGGGAAGGCAGGAGGGCAGCGACGGCGCAGCACUUGCUUUAAAGAGCGAGAAAAAACGGGUUGCAGGGGAUAAUAAUGGGGCACAGGGGGGCUUAACGGUGCAGGUGCAGCAGGGGGAGGACAUACAAGAGCAGCAGCAGAAGAGAGAGCAGCAGGAGCAGCAGCAGCAGCUGGUGCUGCAGAGGGGGCAGCUGCCAUUCUGCUGGAUGCUAGAGGGAAUGGAGCAGGGCCCGAUCAUGUGCAUGCGCAGGGAGGGUGAGCAGGAGACGGUGUUGGCAUGCGGGCAGGAAAACGCACAUCGGCAUGAAAACGCUGUAGGCGCGAUUGCUGGAGGGGGUGCUCAGCCGGCAGAGGAGAAGCAGGUGCGUGUGCAAGGAGGGGAGGGGAGGGCGCAGCAGCUGCAGCGGCAAACGAACGGGCAGGUGGCAGUGAGAGGAGAGACAAGGGUGGUGGAGGCGAGGAGGUGGGAUCCUGCGAGGGUGUGUUGGGAGGGGAGUGCGGAGAGGGAGGAGGUUGGUGAGUUGGCAGAGACAAUCACCAGAGAGGCCAUCCAGCGAGGCACGUUGGACAAUGUGGCUGUUGUUGUGCUGAAGCUGUCGCAUUCGCACUCACGUUCCCAUGCACGUUUCCAGCCACCUGCUCACUCAGAAGCUCGCAUGUGUAGCCGUCGCUUACACACCCACGCCUCAACCUCUGUUGUACCACUCCCUGCCGCCCAAGAUACAUCUCGUGCUACAUCUCCUGCAACUCCAGAAUCACCCAUGCCUCCUGACUCAACCACCCCUACGUCAUGGCAACGCACGAGCUCGGAACAGCAGAUUAGUCGGCCGGUCGUUCCUCCCACCGGUCCUCCCAGCAGCAACCUCGUUUCUUCCUUCGCCAGAAGCUUUGGUUCUGCCUCUCAGCUUCGACCAAUUCCAAAGCUUGCUCUGCAAGCAAGGCCCACUGUCGCGAUUCUCGUGGGUCCAGUUCCACCGCAAGAGCGAAGUUUGCCCUCUGAGGCACCUCCAGAGCACGAGAACAGCCCAGCCCCGGGCAUCCCAUCCACCCACUGUUACGAGCUGCUGAAGCCCCUUCCUGCCUCGGCUGCUCGCCCUUCCCUUGUGCCCUUGUGGCAUGACCGCUCUGGGCUCAGGUCCUCGCCCCACCUUCACCAUUCCCGCCCCGCUCUGGGGCGCAUUCGAGAGGCUCGGCACGGGCCAGCACUUCCUGCUGACUCCUCCAAUCCCGUAGCAGCAAGUGCCACAGCGGUUGGGUCUGCUGUCCAAGCCCUGUUUCACCGCAAGAGCAGCAGCAGCAGCAGCAGCAGCAGCAGCAGCAGCAGCAGCAGCAGCAGCAGCAGCAGCAGCAGCAGCAGCAGUUCACGCAACGCCGUGAAAGGCGCCACCAGCAGCAGCGAUGGUGAUCGAAGCAGCAAUGCUGCUAGCAAUUUCAACAUGCGACGGGAGGCAGAAGAUUUUGACCAAUCAGCUGAAACUCGUCCUGGCAGCCAGCUGGCUGCACUUGGCUCACGUGCUGUAAUGGAGGCCUUGCAGUGUCUGCUCAUCUGGCCCCCGUUACAGUCACACCCUUCAACCCAUGCCGUCCCGUCCAGCGAUCAUCUCACCACUCUGCACUCGUCAAAAUCGCUUCAACCCUUGGGACGUCCACCAGCCUUUUCACCGCAUCAAACCCCAGCUCCGGACCAUAUCCCACCUUACGACCAAAUAUCAACUCACACUCACCCGCCCAACCCAGAGGACGUGCCUUUGACUAAGCCCCUCAAACCCCUCGUUCACUCUUCCACAAUGCAUUUCCCUAGCUCCCUCACACACUCCCCUCUCUCGCUCCCUAUUGGAGUUCCGCACUCCGAACCAAGCACCAGCGCGUUCCGGCUUCCAGCCACAAGCUUGGCGAUCCCCGCACCUCUCGGACUGGUUCGGUUCCUGAACCUGCUAGGCUCGGUGCCGCUGGUCCGACCAGGCCUCGCAGGAAGAAGUGUUACAGGAAUAGACACGGAGGGAGGGGGGAGAGACAGGUUGGUGCUUCAGGUUCGGGCGGAGGAAAGGGAGGUGAUAGACGAAAGGAGCGCGGAGGAGGAGAGAGGUGGGGAAGAGGAAGAAUGGGGGAGUGCUGAUGUGGCGGAUGAAGAUUGGGCAAGGCAUCAGAUGGGAUUCGUGCAUCGCAGGUACGAAUUGCAGAAGAACUUUGCAAGGGGGGGAUUCGGCGAGGUGUGGCUGGCAGUGAGGAGGGAGCCGUGCCAGAAGGCGAGGAAUACUUGGAUGCCUGGAGACGCCUCAGCUGCUGCUGCGCUUCUUGCUACGUCUGCUGCUGUUGCUGCUGCUUCUGACGCUGCCCUGUCCUUUCCCUUAUCCACAGGCAAUUCUGGCACUGUCAGCAGUGGCAGCGUUAGUGGGGACAGACACAGUCGUGGCGGCAGCAGCAGCUGCUGUGGCAGAGAAAACUGUGCCAGAAACAGUGCCAGUGUCAGUGCAAGCAGUUCUGCAGCAGCGACUUUGGCUGCCAGUCCCACUUUGGAGCGUAAUUCAGGAUCAGUUAUCCUUGCCAGUGGGCCGAGUAAGAGGUUGACAGUAGGGAGAAGAGAGGAGGAAAGUGAGCUCUUACAUGAGGUGGUGCAUUCCCCAGCCUGGCAAGAAAAGGCCGAGGACAACGAGGAGGAGGAGGAGGAAGGGGCGGAGGAGAAAGAUGAAGGGGAGGGGGAGAAAGGGGAAGGGGAGGAGGAGGAGGGGGACGAGGAGGAUGCACCCCCACUGUUUGUGCUGAAGAGACUUUUGGCGGGGGAGGGAGCACGGCUGAGCGGGCUCCGAGAGAAGUACUUUGGGGAGAUGCUGCUCAAUGCGACCAAUGUGGUGCUGCCACGUGGCACUGGGCACGGAAGCGACGAGAAUGACGUUUUGCGUGACCGAGGGGUGCCUGGUGAUGAUUUUGAUGCGGUGCAUGGUGCUGAAGACCCCAUGAGUGGCUUGGACGACAAUGUGGUUGAUGCCAUGGGGUUGAACCACAUUGCUCGCUACGUGGAGUCGUUUGAAACCACCAGCGACACCGCCACUAGUGGUGACGUCAACGGUGACGCCCGCAGCGACGUCAGCGGUGAAGGGCGCAGCGAGGAUCUGUGGCUGGUGUUUGUUCACGAGGGGGUGUCGCUCUCCUCUCUGCUGUACACGAGUGAGGGAGAGGAGGGAGAUGUGGGAGAGAAAGUAGAGGAGGGAGGGGAAGUUGAAGAGGAGGAGAAAAACGAGGAUGGAGGUAAGGGAAGGGAAGGAACGGAACAAGCUGAGGGGGAGAAAGGAGAGGGCGCAGACGAAUACGGAAUGAUGGGGGGAGCAGGGGAGGUGACAGAAAGGAGUGGGCAGUACGAGAAGAGUGAGCAGCAUGUGAAGAGUGGGCAGCAUCAGGCGAGUGGGCAGCAUCAGGCGAGUGGGCAGCAUCAGGCGAGUGGGCAGCAUCGGAUUAUGCGGCCUUCGAAGUGGUGGCGGUGGCUGCGCACCACAGAGGAGGGCGAGGAGACAGUGAGGAGCAUUCUGAGGCAGACGUUGCUGGGACUUGCUGCGUUGCAAGCGCGCAACAUUACCCACAGGGAUAUUAAGCCAGAGAAUAUCAUCCUGAAGCCUCAUUAUAGGAGGAAGAACAGCAGGUCAGAACCAGAGUGCUCCAAGGGAGUCAAGGAUGGGCAGACAUCGCAUGCAUCCACACCCGACUCCUCCUCACCAUCAGCCGCUGCAGGAGAAGUGCUAGCAGCAGCAGCAGGAGUUGGAGCAGGAGGAGCAGGAGAAGUAGGAAAAGCAGGAGAAGAAGUAGGAGGAGCAGCAGGGUCAUCCUCAACAGCCAGUGCAACACGUGGCCAUGAUCCUAUGGCAAACCCGCUGCCUGAUUUCAAUUCCGACACCCAUGUGUGAGCGCAACCCUCAGUCGGCUUCUUGACUUGGGCUCAGCUGUUGACUCGCACUCUGCGCGCUUCCUCUACGGGCCAACAGGGCCCUCCAGCGCGGAGGAGACAGAGCUCUACUCGCCUCCGGAGGUGCUGCUAUUGCCUCAAAACCCCCCAAGUGGUGGAGGUCCGGGGGAAGAAGCGGGUGCAUCUGGAG